ACUUGGCAAGAUGAACACUCAGCACCGUUCUCCUGGGAAACGAAGAGUCAGAUGGAGUUCAGCGUUGCAUCUCUGUCCAUCCAAGAACAAGGUGGUGCCCAGCUACAGAGUGAACAGAGGCAGCCCGUUAAAGCAGCACCUGGUGUCCAAGUCCCUAAAUCUUCUCAGGCCAUCAAGACCCCUGCCUCUGACGGGUUGAUAGCACCUAGGAAGGAAGAGGAGUCCUCUUUCUGGAAGAUAAAUGCUGAGCGCUCCAAGUUUGAAGGAGACAAGUCUGAAUUCCAGUCCUUGACCCCCAGCCAGAUCAAGUCCAUGGAGAAAGGAGAGAAACCCCUUCCCUCUUUUUACAGACAAGAGUCUGCUUCAAAGGAAAUGGCAAAAGCUGAGAAGCCCAGCAUAACCAAACCAGAGAAGUCAGUCGCCCCCAGCCUACCUUCUGUAUCUCUUGAAUGGGAGAAACCUCGACCAACUCAGCUCCCUGCUAGCUCUCUAGAUGACUUCUUUCUUCCUGACCCACCACAGGACCUGGCAUCUUCUAGGACAAACAAGGAAGAUACUGAUGGUACUAUACUUACAGAUCCACAAAUGCCUGCACAGACUAGUACAAGCAAUGUUAUGUUGAAGACUGGCUUUGAUUUUCUAGACAACUGGUAAAUGGUAGUGCAAAAUAGGUCAAACCAAUUUUGGGGAAGGAGUGGAAUGUCUUUCUCCUUGUAUGUUAAUUUACUAGCAUUUGUGUCUUUUUCUAGAAGUAACUUUCAAACUCUUAAAUGUUGCCUUUGUAUAAACUUUUGUAAUACCAUAUGCGUUUUUGUUUUUUAAACAGUGAUAGAAGUGUGGUUUCAUUUGGGUAUUUUUUUAAUCUCUGUUUAAUUUUUUAGUAGCUUACUGUAUUGAGAGGAUGAGAGAAGUCACUAUAUCCAUGUUAAAGAAAAACAAAUG